UUCGUAAAGGACUGAGUUUAGAGCUUCAAACAGAACUGGCUUGCUGCGAUGAAGGAAAGACUGGAUCAGUUUAUUGAAUUAGCCAUCCAAAUUCAUAACCUUCUCAGAGCUCAAGGACCCACCAACACUGUAGUAUCUAACUCAGCUGCUUCUUACAACACAAAUGAACCUGUGCCCAUGCAGAUUGGACACACUCAUCUUACCUCUGAAACGAGAGACCGUCGUAUAAGACAACAUCUGUGUCUGUAUUAUGGUCAAGCGGGACAUCAAAGGAUCUCCUGCCUGUUCGACCUCAGCAUCGCUCCACUGUGUGGCAGCAUUAGACAGAUGCCCCCUAGGGUCUGGUCAUGUUCAUCACGCCACCACACCACACCACACCACAGGAUAUCUUACUACAAAUCGGAGCACUGCACACUGAAACCAUUCGUCUGUAUAUCAUCCAAUCACCUCACCAUCCAUUAAUCCUAGGAUUGCCUUGGCUGCAGAGACACAACCCUCAAGUUUCUUGGAAUGGGAAACAAAUUACUCAGUGGAACAAUUCUUGCAUCUCCAGUUGCUUAAAACCUGUAUCUCCAAGGACCUUUAGAGCUGCUGCUGUUCGAGUAGAACCCUCUAUAAUUCCCAAUCUGCCCCCUGAGUACUUUGAUUUAGUUGAAGCCUUCAGCAAGAUGAAAACCUCACAACUUCCUCCACAUUGUUCCAGUGAUUAUGCCAUAGUUACCACCUGAUAUCACACCUCCACAAGGCAGAAUUUUUCCAUUAUCCCAACCAGAGUCUGAGGCUAUGAAGUCGUAUAUCAAGGAGGAACUUUCCAAGGGCUUUAUCAGACCUUCAACCUCGGCAGCAUCAGCUGGGUUCUUCUUCGUGAGCAAGAAAGAUGGAGGGCUUUGCCCAUGCAUUGAUUAUCAUAGUCUUACCAAAGUAUUACACAAGAUUUGAUCUGUGCAACACAUAUAAUCUUGUCCAUAUUCGUGAGAGGGAUUGAGUGGAAGACAACGUUCUCCACCAGCACAGGGCACUAUGAAUAUCUUGCCAUGCCGUUCGGGCUGGUCAGUAGUCCAUCUGUAGUUUCAGACUUUAUCAAUGAUGUCUUCCGAGACACGCUGAAUUAUUGGGUAAUCCCAUAUAUCGACAACAUCCUCAUCUACUUCAAAACUUAUGAAGAUCAUGUCAAGUACGUUCGAGGUGUCCUGCAAUGUCUCAUCACUCAUCAGCUAUAUGCCAAGGCUGAAAAAUGUGAGUUCCAUCAGACGUCGGUAUACUUUCUAGGCUAUAUUAUCAGUCCCGACGACAUAGCGAUGGAUGACAGCAAAGUAGGGGCAGUGUUAAAAUGGUUGCAACCUACUAUGAUAAAGGAGCUGCAACUUUUUCUGGGAUUUGCCCAUUUUUAGACAUUGACAUUGAUAUUUCAGUACUGUUGCUGCACAACCUGACAUCGAUGCUAAAGAGGGGGGGCUCUUGACUCUCCUGGUCCCCAGCAGUUAUCCAGACCUUUCAAGAUCUGAAAGCUUGUUUCACCUCUGCACCCAUUCUUCACCAUCCUGACCCUGAUCACACAUUCAUUGUCGAAGUGAACUGUUCUAGUACUGGCAUGGGAUCCAUUCUCAGUGGGAUCCAUUCUCAGUAGCCAUCGCUCCACAUUCAAGCCAGGCCGGGGUUAUCAGGUCAUCUCUCUACGGUGUAGAAGAGAACGCUCCACACCUGAACCUCAGAGAGCACGGUCAGUUCAUGCCUGAAGCAGACGUCAUGACUAACCAAGUUCUCCUCACGCCUGAAACCGACAUCACAACCAACCAGGUUCUGCUCACGCCUGAAACCGAUGUCACGACCAACCAAGUUCUGAUCAUGCCCAAGAGUGCUGACACGGACAACCAAGUUAUGAUCACGCCUGACUCUGCUGACACGGACAACCAAGUUAUGCUCACGUCCAAGUCGGCUGACACGGACAACCAAGCUGUGCUCACGCCCGAGUCGGCUGACACGGACAACCAAGUUCUGAUCAUGCCCAAGACUGCUGACAUGGACAACCAAGUUAUGAUCACUCCUGACUCUGCUGACACGGACAACCAAGUUAUGCUCACGCCCAAGUCGGCUGACAUGGACAACCAAGUUAUGAUCACGCCCGAGUCUGCUGACACGGACAACCAAGUUAUGCUCACGCCCAAGUUGGCUGACACGUACAACCAAGUUGUGCUCACACCCAAGUCAGCUGACAUGGACAACCAAAUUCUGAUCAUGCCCAAGACUGCUGACAUGGACAACCAAGUUCUGCUCACGCCAGAGUCUGCUAAUACGGACGACCAAGUUCUGCCUUCCUGUUCCGCUUAGGACAUCGCUCUGCCUUCCUGCCUUCUCGCCCUGCUGAAGCUGAUGACCCAGCUUCCCAUGCGUGGGUGCUGUCUAGCGACCCCUGCAAACCUGCCCCAACCUCAUGCCUGCCCCUUGGCUCCUUGAGGAGCCUGCUCUCUGUUGAACAAUGCCUGCCUUGCGACCUAAGGGGUUGUGAAGAUAUUUUGCCCAGAGCACCAGUACCGCCAGGGGAGGGAGAGUAUUUUGGCGCUUUGGGAGAAGCGCCCUUGGGGGGGUUCUGGCAUCUAAUCAGAGAAGGAACUCUGAACUACAGUUCCCAGCAGCCACUGCAUCACAUGACCACCUGCACCUGAAUCAUGUUCCUGUUAACGAGCACUCGUGUAUAUAGCCACAGUUUGCACUGCAUUCUUUGUCUUAUAUUUGUCUUUCAUGGUGUUGUUCUUGUUGCUGUGUUGAAGUCUCUGGUUUAUGUUUAGUUUUGCCAUAGUGUUUUGCCUCAAGGUCAUAGUGUCUUUUUGUAUUUUGUUUUGUUCUUUAUUAAACUUUAAAAAUUCUGCACUUGCAUCCGUCUCCACCUUGGAAUCGUGACACUGUUAAUGUUAUUAAUGUUAUUAAGUAUUUCGUUAUUUAUUUUUAAAU